AUGGCCGUCGUCAAAACGGAGUCAACUUCCACUGCAAAACCAACUGCAGAAGCUGCCAAUUGCUUGGACUCGGAGGCAACACUAGUUGUUGAUCAGGGCGAGGAAGACAUGGAGAUCUUCGAAGCGGUAGACGAAGACAGUGCCGGGCCAAUGGAGGCAAAGAAUCUGCAGAACGAGGAUGACCAGCGGCUCUAUGCUAUCGGCGGCGGCGGCUAUAACGCCCUGAAAACGUUCCAAGGUCAGGUAUACUCAGGUAUGGCUAUAGGGGGAUCUCACACGUGGAACUAUGAUCAGGGCUUAUGGAAGGAAACGAAGGUUGAGCCAGAUCGAUGGGAGAUUGACUAUAGUACGAAAAAACGACGGGCGAGAAAGGCACCAAAAGGGAGCGGCGUCCCGGUUGGAGCGCAAUACCACUGGUUGAUCGUGGGACAUCAGUAUGUUGAGAAACUAGACGAAAAUACCUACAAGACGCACCUCGUAGGGUCAAAAUACAAACUAGCACAUAAAUCAGCAUCAGCAACUUCGUGGUCUGUGCCUACGGUAAAAGGCCAGCGAGACCGCGAGGUCGAUCUCCUAGAAGAUGCAAAACGACGAGUGCAGGGCCUACCGCCAGUUUUACCCACGGAGAAAGCCAAAGUCGAUCAGAAGCAGGAAAAGGGCCAGCAGACACUUGAUACAUUAUUUACGAAGCGCAAGUCAGGUAAAGAGGAUGACAAGGGCGAAGGAACUAAGAGGCAGAAAAUCGAAACCCAGGAGUAA